AUGUCUGAUAGCGCCGCCGAAGAGCCCCAGGCGGCGGCCACCGCUGCUCAACCGACGGGGCAGGCUGCUCCGGCCCAGCCUGAGUUGCCGCCUCUCACGCCGGCCGAGUUCAAGAUAUACAACCACAUGGCGGAAAAGAUGGAAUACUUUCACAACUACUUCCGCCACGAGUGGACGCUGCUCCACGACGCCGCCACCAGCGGCCGGCGCCCGCGGAACAUGACGCUCAAGCAGUUCCUCGAGGCGGGCCUGGAAUUCGCGCGGCACCUGACGGGGCACCACAACAUCGAGGAGGUGCACGUGUUCCCCAUGCUCGCGGAGCGCAUGCCCGAGUUCCGCGGCGGCCGCGCCGAGCUGCUGCGCCAGCACAAGGAGAUCCACAAGGGGCUCGACGUCUUCGAGGCCUACCUCCACAGCUGCCUCAACCGCGAGACGGAGCUCGAGCUCGGCGUCCUGCGCGAAAAGAUGGACGGCUGGGGCGCCGUGCUCUGGACCCACCUCGACCAGGAGGUCGCCACGCUCGGCGCCGAAAAUAUGAGGCGGUACUGGACGAAGGAGGAGAUGGGGAGGAUGCGCAUGUGA